AUGGACGAUGACGCCGAACUCAAAUCACAAACCUCCAUGGUUUCUAACCCUCUACACGUGAUUCACUAUUGCGAUCACGUGAUUCACUGUUGCGAUCAUGUGAAUGAUCUUGUCCAUGUGUGGAUGGCAGUGGGCUUCCUUUUGCCCGUCUGUUCAAUGAGUUUAGAAGAAGUAGGUAGCUUCUUCCACAGUACGGACAACCAAGGCUUGUACACGAUGCACGAUUUUGCCCGGUUGGUUGCUCAUGACGUGUGCUUUCUGAUUCUCGUCGUCCAUUAUCGUUGGAAGGAAUUUUCCAUCUUUGCAUGCUUCAUGACAAUCCUAUACCUCUGUGGGCACCCCACAAGAACAAGAGCCUUCAUGUUGUUCAAUGCGGUCAAAAACAACCACACCGAGGUCACUGAGACGCUUCUGAAGACUUCUGAAAAUCUAUAUUUCUUGCGAUUUCUUGACUUGUCGGGUAAUCGGUUCGUUGUUCUCCCAGAUGUCAUAUGCACUUUUCUAGCCUUACAAACACUGAGGCUGAGAGAUUGCCCGACACUUAAGGAGUUGUCAGAAGACUUGAAGGAUUUCACAUUUUGCGGCAUCUUGAGCUGUGAUGGAUCUUCCAUCAAGGAGCUGCCGGACAUGAAUAGCUUGCGGGGGCUUUUAUAUAUAAAGGGUCUGGAGAAUGUUCCUAAUGUGGAGGAGUCUUUGGGAGCUAGAAUGAGCAUGAAGACUCGUCUAGAAACAUUGGAAUUGCAAUGGAAACCUUUGCAACUCCAUUUAGUUGUAGACGUCGAAGGAGAACGUGGAAGACAAUUCGAUGUCUUGGCGAGUCUUGCGCCUCAUAGAGAUUUAGAAGUGCUCGUGAUAAAGAACUUCAAUGGAGCCCUUAAGAUAUUCUCGAUUGUCGACUUGCCCAAGUUCGUAGAAAUUGAUGAGCCAUUCUACGGCCCGGGUGAGGUUAAGUUUCAGUCGUUGGAAUCGUUCGAGCUCAGAAAUAUGUCUGCAUUGAAGAGGUGGGUUGAUGUAGGCGACACUGCAUUGCCCAAUGUAAUCACUUACAGGAUAGAAAAUUGCCCUAUUCUGGAUAGCUGGCCAUUGAGGCUUGCUUCUGUUUGUUCUUUUGUGACUCAAGCUUUGCCAAUGAGGAAGGUCCCAUAGGCAGUAACAUGUGUGCUUGCCGAGUUUUCCCCUUUUGACCUGAUCUCUUAACAUUUGGAUAUAUUGUACCUUUUGUCGAUUUGGUUCCCAUCAUUGCCAAAUACUACUGGUGUUUCAAUUCUAACAUUGGUGCUGAAAAAAUUGUGUAGCGGGUUAUUGUAGUGACCGAGUUUCAACUGCUAGUGGUUUGUAUCUCGACUUUUUCUGUGACUCUCAUAGCUACAUGUCGCUUUGUUGUUGAAUUUUCAUAUCAAUGUCUUAGCAUAUUUGACUAACAGUCACCUAUUUGGUUGAUCGAUUUAUGAUGCUUUGGGAUGCAUUACUACAACAACAACAACAACAA